UAAUUAUUCUUGGGACAUUGGUACAUGUACAUGUAUGUACAUUAUGCCUGCUGGUUCUAUCAAGGUCCCACAAAUAAUUCCACUCCGUCCUCCACAGGGUAAUAGAAAGCACAUCAUAGAUUCAAAUACAGAAAUCGACAUCAGGCUAGCUAACAAGGAUCCUGAUGUCUCUCUUUUUUACACACUCAACAAUGAGAGGCCCAACCCUUUUCAAGUUUUUGGAGAAAAAUUCACUCGAAAGUUUGAGUAUCCUUUCACGCUUUCUCCAGGAAAGAAAACAAUUAAAGUUAUGGCAAUGACUGCCGAUAAGUCAAAGGAAAGUUCAGUAGUCACUAGAACUUUUUUUGUUCGCGAAAUAGAAAAGGAUAAAGAGACUGAUAAUGAUGCCUCAAGUGUAUUUGAUGACUCAAUAUCUCGAAAGUUCAGGCAAAAAUUGAAACUAUCUUCAAGAGAGAGUAACAGAAGUACUGCCACACCCUCUCCUCCUCCUCCUCCUCUAUGCAACAAGCAGCCACCUAUUCUCAUACCAGCGAGUAACCGUGGCAACUCGUUGAAGUGCCUCUGUUGUAAUUCUUUAUAUGUCGAAGGUCAAGCAUUCUGCACAACCUGUGGGGUGCAGUUGCCACGGUUACCAUCAUCAGGAGAGGAUCCGAUUAGGUUUAAAGUUUGUCCAGAUUGUCAUUCAGAGCUAUCUCCCUUUGUAAGGGUCUGUCAUGUAUGUGAUGCACCUCUGGGUCAUCUUCAGUCUCUUCCACUGCUAAAAGUUCAAGCAAACGAUGAAGCUAUUUCUGAGCAUAAUAAACAUCAUUAUUUCAGACAUUUGUAUCUCCCAAUAUGCAUACAGGGCUUGAUACAAUGCCUUCAUUGUGGCAUGCAUAAUGAUCCAUUGAUGAGUGUCUGUACAGCUUGUGAUCAGACACUCCUUAAAAAGAAUGAUGGUGGUUUGCCCCUUGAUGGGCCCAGUGCUAAAGGAAAGGCUAUCAUGUAUCCAAUUGCUGGUAGCAGUUACCUCAUGUGUGGAGUAUGCGGUCGUGUUAAUGUCUCUGAUGCUAGAUACUGUGAUUGGUGUGGCUGUAAGCCAAAUGGUUCCAGCGUAGACCUGUCAUGUCAGGCUUGUCAAAGCAUGAAUGACUGGCAGGCAAGAUAUUGCAACAAGUGUGGGGAAAUCAUGAAAUGCCCACUGAGACCUGAAGUUGAAUCAGGAAAUACAUUAAAAAAGCCUAAAGGAGUGAGGAUUGAUCGUCACCAGUGGGUGCCAGUAGCUGAUAUUGUUGUUUAUCAGGAAGACAAAGAAGUUUCAGCAUGGCCAGAUACACUAUCACGCAGUACACAGACCCAAGGAUUAUUCUAUCCUUCAGAAAAGACAAUCUCGUUCAAGAAGCAAGCAGAUAAUUGGCAGAGACUAGUAAAGAAAGUGUCAAAGGACAGAUUAGCUAACCUGUCAGUUUAUAGUCCUGGAAAAGGGAUGUGGAGGGCUCAAUUGGAUCACAUUAUUACACACUUGAAAGCUCAUGCUGCGUCAUCUUUUGAUUUCCAAGACACAAUAGGAUUCUGUCGCUUGGGGAAGCUAACCAAUAGCUCUAUAGAGCAUUGCCCUUCUGAUAAAGAUACAACUACAUGUAUAACUCUAAAGCUUUCAUUUACCAUUAAGGGAGAAAUGGAUGAGUCUAUAUCGCCAUAUCUCAACAAAAGUUCAACAAGAAAGCAACGUCAGCAAGCAAUAUUGAAAAAGACUGCAAGUUUUAUUGGGAGUAGGCCACCACACAGCAGCACAGGUCAAAGUGCUGAGAAGAGAAGGAGGAUUAAUGAUUCACAACUAAUAUCAUCAGUUGAGAAUCAUCUUCUUGCAAGUGAGCUUGCUUUCUCAGGACAAGGGAGAGCAGAUAUUGUCAGCAAUUUAUUAACUAAAGGUGCAAAUCCUAAUGCUUUGGACUCUUGUGGGCUACCUGUCCUUUCAUUAGCGGCAGCUCACGGUCACCUAGAGGCAAUGAACAUACUCCUUGAACUGGGGGCUAACAUCAAUGUACAAACUAAGAGAACAGGUAAUACGCCAUUACACGAAGCAGUCUAUGUGGGCUCAUCAAGGAAGAUUAUCAUUCAAUCAUUGCUAGGUCAUGGUGCCAAUCCGACCAUUAAAAACAAAGAAAGUUUAACUCCUUGUGAACUGGCUAAAAAACUGGGUCACAAGCAGUUGAUAUUACUAUUUGCCAGUCAGCUAGGGUCAAGUAUGCUAACUAAACUCUUACCAACUAUCAACUAACAACCUCAAAUUCACACACAAAUGGUUUUCUAUAUUCAAUUUGUCAUCAGUUUUAAGAUUAAACAAUAAUUAUUAUUAUGUUAUUAUAUCAAAUUAGUAUUGUUGAUUGAUGUAGAAAUUGAA